CCGCAACGUCCCUAGUGUUUGGCCAGGCCUUCGCUCUCUCUCUCUCUCUCUCUCUCUCUCUAAACUCGUUGAGCUGAGCUGAGCUGAAGAAGAAGAAGAAGAAGAAGAAGAAGAAGAGGAGGAGGAAGAGAAGAGGUAUUGCAUCGGAGCGCUCCGAUCGGUGCGUAGAGAGACGAUCACACUCACACUCCAUUAGGAGAGGGUGCGUGUGAUCGUUCACUGGGGUAUUAACACCAUACUUGCUGCCUUCCAGCUCAAGUUCGUAGCUGAGCUAAGAUCGGGCCGCCGGAGAUGUCGGGAUACGUCGGAAUUCUCGUGUCGGAUCCAUGGCUCCAGAACCAGUUCACUCAAGUCGAGCUCCGCAGCUUGAAGACUCAAUUCAUGAGCAUGAGGAGGGAGUCUGGGAAGCUUACGCUCGGAGACUUGCCGUCCAAGAUGUCCAGAUUGAAAGUUAUCGGCGAGAUUCUGACUGAAGAAGAGAGAGAACUGAUCAUCCAGGAUAUGUAUCAAAACAUGGACGAUGAGGUUGAUUUUGAGUCCUUUCUGAGGGUCUACUUAAAGUUACAAGCACAAGCAACUUCCAGAAGGGGUAGCGGCGCCAAAGAUUCGUUUUCAUUUCUUAAAGCUGCUACGACUACGUUGCUGCACACGAUCAGCGAAUCAGAGAAGGCAUCUUAUGUUGAGCACAUAAACAACUACCUUAAGGAUGAUGAGUUCUUAAAGAAGUAUCUUCCGAUAGAUCCGUCAACAAAUGAUCUGUUUGAAAUUGCCAAGGACGGUGUUCUUCUCUGCAAGCUUAUCAAUGUGGCAGUUCCCGGGACAAUUGACGAACGUGCAAUCAACACUAAGAGGAUACUCAAUCCUUGGGAAAGAAACGAAAAUCACACACUCUGUCUGAAUUCUGCUAAGGCUAUUGGAUGUACUGUCGUGAAUAUAGGGACCCAGGACUUCAUUGAAGGAAGGCGGCAUCUUGUUCUUGGAGUGAUUUCUCAGAUUAUCAAGAUACAAUUACUGGCUGAUCUCAACUUGAAGAAGACACCUCAGUUGGUGGAGUUGGUCGAUGAUAGUAAGGAUGUGGAAGAGCUGAUGAGUCUACCGCCAGAGAAGAUCUUGUUGAGAUGGAUGAAUUUUCAGUUAAAGAAAUCAGAAUACAGGAAAACAGUCACGAACUUCUCAUCUGAUGUUAAGGAUGCUGAGGCAUAUGCCUACCUUUUAAAAGUGCUCGCUCCAGAGCAUGGGGACAAAUCCAUAUUUGCUGUAAAAGAUCCCCUGGGAAGAGCCAAGUUAGUCCUUCAACAUGCGGACAGGAUGGGUUGCAAGAGAUAUCUAACUGCAAAGGACAUAGUGGAGGGGUCGCCAAAUCUUAAUCUUGCUUUUGUCGCGCACAUAUUCCAGCACAGGAAUGGGCUGUCAACUCAAACAAAGCAAAUAUCUUUUCUUGAUGCUUCUCUGGAAGACACCCAAGUAUCAAGAGAAGAAAGAGCGUUCCGCUUCUGGAUUAACAGCUUUGGACAUUCAACUUAUAUCAACAACGUGUUUGAAGAUGUCAGAAAUGGGUGGGUAUUACUGGAAACCCUUGACAAGGUGUCACCCGGUAUUGUCAACUGGAAGAUUGCAAAUAAGCCUCCCAUUAAGAUGCCAUUUAAGAAAGUAGAAAACUGCAAUCAGGUCGUGAAAAUUGGAAAACAGUUGAAGUUUUCCCUGGUAAAUGUUGCCGGAAAUGACAUAGUGCAAGGGAACAAAAAGUUAAUAUUGGCUUAUUUGUGGCAACUGAUGCGGUUCAACAUCCUCCAACUCCUCAAGAACUUGAGAUUCCAUUCCCAUGGGAAGGAAAUUAGUGAUGCUGACAUAUUGGAAUGGGCCAACACCAAAGUGCGAAAUAACGGAAGUCACAGUCGCAUGGACAGCUUUAAGGACAAGAGUUUGUCCGAUGGCAUCUUCUUCUUGGAACUUCUCAGUGCUGUUCAGCCCAGAGUUGUAAACUGGUCUCUUGUUACAAAAGGAGUAUCAGAUGAGGAGAAAAAGAUGAACGCCUCCUACAUCAUCAGUAUCGCGAGGAAGCUCGGAUGUACCAUCUUUUUGCUUCCCGAGGAUAUAACUGAGGUGAAUCAGAAGAUGAUCCUCACGUUGACGGCAAGCAUCAUGUACUGGUUCCUACAACAUCCCGUGGACGAAAGGCCCUCUGCGACUUCAGACAGCGAGACAUCCUCAAACUCGACCACAGACGACUCUGCGUCCGAUUCAUCUUCUUCAGAGAACGGAAUGUUGUAAAAAUAGAAAUUGGUAAUUCAAAGCUUUCGCAAAAGUUUUGUGGAUUGAUUUGGAAAGAUAAGUGUUUGCUUAUCAACUUGCAGGAAAUAUGAGUAUAUCUGAAUUAAGUUUUGCUUGAGCGAUUGCAUAUGUGAUUA